ACAAAAAAAAAAGGAAAAAUGAAUUGUUCAGCAAGGCAAGAACCCAGACUUCUCCGGGGUCUAUCAAAAGCUGGAAGAAGCGAGCUCGUGUUGGUGUUCAGCAAGCGAGCGUAGAGGUGAAGGAGCCAACUGGGUCAGAGAAAAGAGGACAAGACCCAGCCGGGGAAUUGAUUUUUUGUGAGAGAGAGAGUGAACAGUUUUUUCUUUUGGUAUUAAUGUUGUGUUCUUGAACCCUAAUUAUUGAUUUUUUUACGGAAGUUUAAGAGUCUUAAGUAGAGAUAAUGAAUUUUUUUUUUUUUUUUUUUUUAUGAUGCAAUUUCCUUUUUAGUAUAAUCUUCAUAGAUUUAAUGUUUAGAUUAAUUUAUUUAAUGUCUAACUAAACUCCUUCUCAGGAUUUGGAUCAAAUCUUUUUCAAAAACCAUGAAGUGUUUUCGAUGUUCUUGAAUUUUUCUUGAAAUGUUUGAUGAUUGUAUAAGUUCAGAGGAUCUCAAAACUCAUGCUAAAAGGUUUUGUUAUCAAUAUUUGAAUCUAAUUAUUUAUCAAAAAUAGAUUUACUUUGUGUAUGAGUUUUCUUGAUUUCUUGAAUAAAAUUUAACGAUAUCUUUUGCAAUGGUUCUAUUUGACAUGAUAUGUAUUUACCUUAUGGAGUAUGUUAGGGAGCAACGGUUGUUUCACACCUUUGGUAGUCUAAAACUUUUUUCAAUUGUAGGCUAACUUUUACAUGAUGUGGACAGUGUAAAAUUAAAAUGCUUUAUCAUUGUAGCUUAAUUAGGAUUUUCAUGUUUGUUUAUAGUGAAAUGGAUUCCAAGACAACAGUAGCUGAUAAGCCUCAUGCAGUUUGUAUUCCAAGCCCAGCUCAAAGCCACAUAAAGGCCAUGCUCAAAUUUUCAAAGCUUCUCUAUCAUAAAGGUUUCCACAUAACCUUUGUGAACACUGAGUUCAACCACCAACGUUUUCUGAAAUCUCAAGGUCUCAACUCUUUAGAUGGCUUGCCUGACUUCCAAUUCAAAUCCAUUCCAGACAGUCUCCCUCCAUCAGAUUCAAACGCCACCCAAGAGCUCCCUUCUCUUUGUGAUUCCAUUAUGAAAUACUUAUUGGCUCCAUUUUCUGACUUUCUUGUGAAACUCAACGCUGCAACUUCCAACAAUCCCCCUGUGACUUGCAUUAUCUCGGAUGGUUUCAUGCAAUUCACUGUUACAGCAGCUCAAGAACUCAGAAUCCCUAUUGUAAUGCUCUUCACUAUCCCUGCUUGCAGCUUAAUGGGUUUUAUGCAAUUUUCUCCUCUAAGGGAAAGAGGCCUCACACCACUUAAAGAUGAGUGCUAUCUAACAAAUGGGUAUCUGGACACAGUUAUAGACUGGAUUCCAGGUAUGAACCACAUCCGUCUGAGGGAUCUCCCAACCUACGUUCAAACUACAGAUCCAAAUGAUAUUAUGUUCAAGUUCAUCGUACACGCGGUAGAGACUGCUCCUAAAGCUUCGGGAAUCAUUAUUCACACAUUUGACGCGUUAGAGCAAGAGGUUUUGGAUGCUCUCACCCCUAUGUUUCCUCGCGUAUAUUCCAUUGGCCCUCUACAACUACUUCUCAAUCGUUCAGCCAAUGACCCUCUAAAGUCAAUUGGGUAUAGUUUAUGGGAAGAAGAAACUGAGUGUCUCCGUUGGCUUGACACCAAGGCACCCAACUCAGUGGUGUAUGUAAACUUCGGCAGCAUAGCUGCCAUGACACGACCCCAGCUGACUGAAUUUGGUUGGGGACUUGCAAAUAGUAAGCACCCGUUUUUGUGGAUAAUCAGGCCUGAUUUAGUUGUGGGUGAAUCAGCGAUUUUGCCACCUGAGUUCUUGGUGGAAACAAGAGACAGAGGUCUAAUCGCCAGUUGGUGCCCUCAAGAGGAAGUGUUGAACCACCCCUCAAUUGGAGGGUUCCUAACGCAUUGUGGGUGGAAUUCAAUCAUUGAAAGUGUGUGCGCGGGAGUGCCUAUGCUUUGUUGGCCAUUCUUUGGGGAUCAGCAAUUGAACGGCAGGUAUACUUGCAAUGAAUGGGGCAUUGGCAUGGAGAUUAAUAAUGGAGCCAAUAGAGAGGAAGUAGGAAAGCUUGUGAGAGAGUUGAUGGAGGGAGACACAGGUAAAAAGAUGAAGAAAAAGGUAAUGGAGUGGAAAAAUUUGGCUGAAGAGGCCACUGGUUCACAUGGUUCUUCAUCCAUCAACUUAAACAAUUUGGUGAAUGAAGUGCUUUUACCAUGAGGCUAGAUGUAUUUGAAGCAAGUGGUAAUAAUUACAAUAAAAUUGUCGUGAUAAAUGUAUGCUGAUAUUUUUGUUCAA